UGAGAUCUUGAAAAUGAAGCACGUGUGUGUGGCGAUAUUGUUUAAUUAAAAAGAUUGUCUUAUUAACAAGAAAAUUAUCAAAAGAAUUUAAAAAAACUAUUAACAAACGAAUUAAUAAGAUAUCUUUAACUUUUGUUUUCAGUUUGCAGUUUCACUUCCACAAUGGAAUUUUCUCUGCAAGAGAUGGAUGAUUUAGAUUUGAAAAAUCUUCUUGAGGAAUGGAAUUUAUCACAACAUUAUGAACAUUUCAUAGAGCAAAAAGUUUUCUUAAAUGUUUUGGGCAUUUUGAAGUCUCAUCAUAUUGAUAAAUUAUUUGCAAAUCUACCCAUAGGAGAUCAAGUUCGCUUUGAAUAUAAAUUGGAAUUAUGGAAACAAAACCAGUUAUUUUCCUUUAAACCCCACAACAAAGACUCCCCCCUUAAUAGUAAAACAACACAAUCGAAAGAUCAUAAUAAAGAAAAAUCACAUAAUGUACAACGUACCGAAGAAACAGAAUUCAGAACUACCGCCGUUAUAGUUCCACAAUUAUCGGUAGCUCCCUCUAUACAAUUACCCAGCUCUACACCACGUAAAAGUAUGGAUCACAACAAAUCGGCAGCUUCCUCCUCACACUCUACAACUACUAAACCUAUAACAGCUUCUCCUAUUUUUAUGAGCACUGGUCUGGCAAAACAACCCGCCAUGGCUAUGAUGCCAGUACGCUAUAACUUACGUACUAUAUUGGAAGAAACCAGUGGUGGCCAAAUGAUUAUGAAUUAUUAUGAAAAACAUAAAAUUUUACGGGAAGAACAUCGUACCGCCUUGAUUAAUGUAAUUGCCCGUUAUAUUGAUGCCAAUGGUGGCAUAUUAUCUUUAGCGGAAAGUAAUCAAUUGGAACGACAAAUUGUGGAGUUAUUUCCUACGGAAAAAGAGGAAUUCUAUCGCACUAAUAGACGUGGCCGUAUCUAUAAUAAAGUGGCCAAUAUGAAGCGAGUUUAUAAGAAAUUUUCCAUGGCCCCUGAAGAAAUACCACGGGCAUCAAUUGAAAAUUCUUCAACCUCAGCAUAUUCUUCUGCUUCAUCGCCGGUGGAGAUUAUAAAAGAGGAAGACAGUGAUGAAUAUGAUGACUAUACUAUAAGCGAAUUUCGUUCAUCAAAUCAUACACCCGAAGAAUACAAUGAAUUUUGGAAAAGUACACAAAAAAUGCGUUUAAAACAUAUAGAAGAUAUCGAGUCCCUGGCACAAAUUUUAGAAAAAUGGCCAGAGUACAAGCAGCACAAUGCUGUGGAAUUUAUAAAUGUAGAUUUCAAAGCCAAAUAUCCUGAUGCUACUUCUUUUGCAGAAAUAUUCCAUGAAAAUAAAAGUAAACUUGAGAAAUUGUUAUAUAGCAAAGUGGCAGUAUGCUCGGCCGGCUAUAAAUAUCUGCAGCAAUAUCAAAAAUGUUCAUAUGAAUCCCAAAAUCUCAUUAUUUUAUGGGUAAUGCAUCAGCUAUUCCCGCCCAGUCAAAAAGUGGUGGUCGAUGAAAUGGGCAAUAAACGUAAAAAACGUUAUUCCAUACAAUACUCUCAAAAUGCUUUUGUCUGCAUACGCAGUUCUUUAGACUCAUUGGAGUCAGCUUUAGAGACUCAAUUCAGCUCUGCCACACCUCCUAUGAUUCUGAUUGUGGGCGAAUUGGCUGGUGAUAUUGAUCAAAUAUUUGUUUACUUUGAGGGAGUACGUUUUCCUAUGGAUUCCGUAAUAGCAGCUGCUCAAUUGGUAUGUGAAUUAUUUUUCCUCUUCGAUUUGGAUUAUCCGGAGGAGGCAGUUUUAUAUUAUUACUUUGUUCAGACUUAUUUUUUGAAUAUUGAACCAGAAAUUAAAAAUACCAAAAUUUAUACAGUUAUUAAUGAAAUUAAUGCCUGUUAGUUAAGUUUUUACAAAUAAAAUGAGA